GUGACACCCUCGUGGUUAAUCAGAGGGAAAUCUGAGUCAGUGUGGAUUUGGUUGUACAGCUCUCACACAUACAACCUGAACUGCACAUUCAUAGCGUCCCCAGGCACCUGAGACGUUUGGCAGAUGGUGAAACUGUUUAUCUUUGUGAGGAGAAAGAAGUGAAAGCAGGCCGAAACCUCAGCACAUGGAUGACAUCAACCAAAAACAUCCAGCACCAGAAAGUAAAGAUGAGCCAGCGGCGAUCCCUGUGGAAAAGACUUUUCCUGCUAUGAAGCAGCCCAGAAGACGCAAGCGCGCCAACGGGGAGGACAGAAGCUUGAGCUGUGAUCUGUGUGGAAAGUCUUUUACUCAGAUUGGUCACUUGAAAUCACAUCAGCUGAUCCACACCGGUGUGAAACCAUUCAGCUGUGAUCAAUGUGGGAAGACCUUUACUCAUAGAUGGAGCUUAAAAACACAUCAGGUCGUCCACACGAAAUUUAAAGCUUUCAGCUGUGAUCAGUGUGGAAAGUCUUUUACUCAGAUUGGUCACUUAAAAGCACAUCAGCUGAUCCACACCGGUGUGAAACCAUUCAGCUGUGAUCAGUGUGGAAAGACCUUUACUCAGAGAUGCAACUUAAAAUCACAUCAGCUCGUCCACACGAAAUUUAAAGCUUUCAACUGUGAUCUGUGUGGGAUGUCUUUUACUCACAGUAACAACAUAAAAAGACAUCAGCUGAUCCACACCGGUGUGAAACCAUUCAGCUGUGAUCAGUGUGGAAAGACCUUUACUCAGAUUUUUCACUUCAAAUCACAUCAGCUGAUCCACACCGGUGUGAAACCAUUCAGCUGUGAUCAGUGUGGAAAGACCUUUACUCGGAUUGGUAGCUUAAAAACACAUCAGCUCAUCCACAGUGGAGAUAAACCAUUCAGGUGUGAUCUGUGUGGAAAGUCUUUUACUCAGAUGGGCAAUUUAAAAACACAUCAGCUUAUCCACAGUGGAGAUAAACCUCUCAGCUGUGAUCAGUGUGGAAAGGCUUUUGCUUACGUUGGUAACUUAAAAAGACAUCAGCUCAUCCACAGUGGAGAGAAACCAUUCAGUUGUGAUCUGUGUGGAAAGUCUUUUACUCAGAUAGGCAAUUUAAAAGUACAUCAGCUCAUCCACAGUGGAGAUAAACCUCUCACCUGUGAUCAGUGUGGAAAGGCUUUUGCUUACGUUAGUAACUUAAAAAGACAUCAGCUCAUCCACAGUGGAGAUAAACCCUUCAGCUGUGAGCAGUGUGGAAAGUCUUUUACUCACUUUGCUGCCUUGAAAUCACAUCAGCUUAUCCACUCUGGUACUAAACAAUUUGUAUGUGGUGACUGUGGAAAGGCUUAUAUUGAGAUCGAAAGGUUAAAAGCACAUCAGCUCAUCCACUCUGGUGCUAAACAAUUUGUAUGUGGUCAGUGUGGAAAGGCUUUUACUCACAUGACUGGCUUAAAAUCACAUCAGCUCACCCACUCUGGAGUUACAUCAUUUAAAUGUGGUCAAUGUGGAAAGGCUUUUACUCACAUGACUGGCUUAAAAUCACAUCAGCUCACCCACUCUGGAGUUACAUCAUUUAAAUGUGGUCAAUGUGGAAAGGCUUUUACUCACAUGACUGGCUUAAAAUCACAUCAGCUCACUCACUCUGGAGUUAAAUCAUUUGUAUGUGGUCACUGUGGAAAGUCUUUCAUCCAUAAAACAAAUCUAUUGAGGCAUCAGAAAACCCACAAAGUGUCCUCCUCUGAGAAAAGUGGCAGACCAAUGGGACAUUACUAGGGCUGCCACAAAUGAUUAUUUUGAUAGUCGACUAGUC